UUGCUCACAUCUCUAUUUCACUUCACGUGUCUUGUGUUUAUAUUUUUUCUUUCCUAAAAAAUUUCAUUUACUUAGACCAAAUGGAGUGUUUGACCACGGAAAUACCAGCUGAAGUUGUGGAUAAGCCUGUAGAGGCUAAGGAUAUUGCGGAAAAUGCAAAGGAAACCGAAGAACCCGCACAUGAGAAUGGCAAAGAGGAACCGGAAAAAGCCGGCGAGGAAUUCGCCUAUUUGGAGCGAAAUGAAUUCACAUCCGAAAUAUUCAAAAUUGAAGUGAAGAACCUAGGAUAUUUUGGAAUUGGGGAGUUCAAGAAGCUCUUAAGGAGUACCCUGAAAUUUGACAUGACCAAAAUCAAGGCCCCGACCCGCAAAGAGUUUGCAUUUGUUUGCUUUCGCAGUCAGGAGGAUCAACAGAGAGCCCUGGAGACCCUAAAUGGUUACAAGUGGAAGGGGAAGGUGCUGAAGGCCCAGGCUGCCAAGGCCUCCGCCGAUCCUCUCCAGAAAAGACGAGCUGCCGAAGAUCAGGAGUCGGAAAGGAAGCCCAAAAAGCAACGCACCGCCGUAGAGGCCACUUGUCCUCUGUCGCACAUCCCCUACGAACAGCAACUUAAACAGAAAUCCGAGGAAAUGUCAGCCCUUCUUGCCAAAUACACCCAAGAACUCAGACGCAUCAAUCCGCGAGCGAAGCCCCAUCUGGAUAAAUUCAAAUUCGAGGAAGUUCUUCCCUCACCCACCGUCAAUGGUUACAGAAACAAAAACGAGUUCACUGUGGGAAAGAACUCCGCAGGGGAAGUAGUCGUGGGCUUCAGAUUGGGCUGCUAUAGCGAUGGAUCUGUGGAGGUGGCCGAGGUCCAGGACUUGCCACAUCUACCGGAGCAGGCCAAAUGGGCUGCUCGCAGUUUCCAGGAGCUUGUGAGGAAGUCCAAGUUCCUGCCCUUCAAUCCAGACGGAAAUGUAGGUCACUUCCGGCAGCUGAUGGUGCGGUGCUCCAGUGCCACAGGCGAACUAAUGCUGGUGGCGGGCAUCUACUCCUCGAACUUGAGUGAGGACGAGCAGCUUCAACUGAAACAGGAACUUAAGACAUUCUACGAAGAGGCCGAAAAGGAUGCUCCCUACAAGUGCACAUCUCUCUAUUACCAAGAUGUCAAGCACCGGGAAGCAGGUCAGACGAUAAAUCCGGUAGAGCACAUUUCCGGAAGCACCCACAUCACCGAUACCAUACAGGGUCUCCAGUUUCGAAUUAGUCCCCUGGCCUUUUUCCAAAUCAAUACAGAAGGAGCCAAUGUGUUGUACCAAAAGGCCAUUGAUCUAGUUGCUCCUACGAAGGACACUACCAUGUUGGAUAUUUGCUGUGGCACUGGAACUAUUACUCUGGCCUUUGCCAAGCACUGUAAAAAAGUUAUGGGCGUGGAAAUCGUCCCCGAUGCCAUUAAGGAUGCUGAGUUCAAUGCGGAGGCAAAUGGCAUUAAAAACUGCAAGUUCUUUACCGGAAAUGCAGAUGACUUUAUCAAGAGCAUGGUGCGGGAAGCUCUCUACGAACAGGAGGUCGGUAAACCCGUGGAUCUCAUUGCCGUGGUGGAUCCUCCUAGAGCUGGAUUGCACCACCGCUCGAUAGCCGCGAUCCGGUCAGCGGAUGCCGUCAACCGUCUGGUCUACGUCUCCUGCAAUCCGCACAGCGCCAAGCGGAACUUCAUCGAGCUGGCCAGGCCGGAGUCUAAGCAGUACAAGGGGGAGCCGUUCUAUCCGAAGUCCGCCGUGGCCGUUGACAUGUUUCCCCACACCACGCACACCGAGCUGGUCAUUCUGUUCGAGCGUGAGCCCAAGACAAAGGCGGAUGAGAAGACACAGCCUGGGGAAGAGGCUGCCGAGACAAAGUCUGAGGCAACCGCAGAAGCUAUAGGCGGGGAAAGCACCGCAUCCGCAACGUGACGUGUUUGCUGGCGGGUCACUCGCUAUUCGCUAAGUCACCGAACACCCCGAUGCCUCAUUACCGCCUAUCUGCCGCGUUGCUGGCGUCUAUCAUUGUCUCUCUUUGUGGCGGCUGCUGCUACGACUUU